GCUUUUGGUUGGGCAUGUGCUAGAGGGGAUCAUAUAACAUUGGAGCAUUUGUUUGUAUACUGGCUUGCACCCAUGCAGGCUACAUUGCUGGGAGUAUGGGCAUUCAGGUUGUUUACUGAGCCCAGAAAGAGCAAGGUACAACAAGGUGAAGAAUACAAGGUCAAAUCUGAAUGACGGGUUCCGUUGCUGGAACUUUCUAACUUCUGUCCUGUUUCAUAUGUAAUCUUUUCCCUUCUCUUGCAUUCUGUGUAAUUUGUUGGUAAAUGAUGGAAAAUGCCUGUUGAUUUACCAGAUCCUAUUUUCAUUUAAGCAAAUUUUGAUCUGACUUCCUCUUGAAUUACAAUUUGCAAAUCUUGCACAUGUUAUUGCCUAUCAAAUGCUAGAGCCUGAUUUUAUUCUCAA